UCUGUUGAGGGAUUACACACUGGAGACCACUCUAAAGGUCAGUAAAGAAGGCGCAACAGAGGCUUAUGUGUGUUUCAGAUCUCAGUGUCAGCAACCUUUCCUGACAGGCACAUUUUGUGCCCUCCCCGCCUCCAAAUUGCCUCAGUUACAAAUCGGAAGGCAGGCUUGGUGACCAGGACUGGCAAGCACAUUUUAAAGUCCCAUGCUGUGGAGUUGAUCCAUCUCAACUUGAGUCAGAAGAGGCAGAAGUGGAUGUGAGAGAAAGAGACACACAGAGAGACAGAGAGCCAAAGAGGGCAAGAGACUUGACUUUAAGAGACUCCUGUACUGACAACUCCAUGCAGUUCGGAACCAGAACGACUGAGGCUGGACCAGGGUUCAUGGGGACAUGGCAAAAUGCUGAUACUAACCUCUUAUUCAGAAUGUCCCAACAGAUGUUUUCAGUCCCACUUCUCACUACUGACCUUCCUCGUUCAUCGGUCACUGACUUGGCGCCUCUCUGGGGUUCUGCCCAGAAGAUUUAGCCUUCCUCCUUCGCCUCAGCCCCUCUAACUCAACAAAAAUCCAGUGGGAGGCUUUUCAGCAGGUUUAAUAGACGACAAUGAUCUCUAUCGUUGGGAAGUCCUUAUUAUUGGUCCUCCAGAUACACUUUAGUGCCCCUGGAGGCCUGAAGAAGGCACUGGAUCCCUGAAAUUGGAGGACCAGGCAGCUGUGAGCUGCCACAUGCAGAUGCUGAGAACUGAGCCUUUGCAAGAGUAUGAAGGUGGUGUUUUUAAGGCUUAUCUCAUUUUCCCAAAAGAUUAUCCCCUCCGGCCUCCUAAAAUGAAAUUCAUUACAGAUAUUUGGCCCCCAAAUGGCAAGCUUCCUCUGAUUUGGAACAAAAUAAAAACAGGCUGGUCUUCCCUUGUACCUGACACAGGCAAAUUGAGCUGGCCCAGACAGCAGAGCUCUGUAAGGAAAAACAGUGGCUCUGUCAGCAACCAUGGCACAGGAAGGUCACCUUUUCAUCCUGGUGCUAACAUCCAGCUGGAGUGGCAGUAUUACCAAAAUAAAAUCCUGAAAGGAGAAGCAGGUACACAUGAGUGUUUAAAAGCCAUGAAAGAGACCCUUAUGGAGGAAAAUAACCUCACCCAGGAAGUGGCCAUCAAUCAGGAAGAAGCUGUCCAUUGGAAAGCUGUGGUCAUUCAGGAAAAGCCCAUUUCUGAUGGCCAGCCUCAGGGUGCAAGCUGAGCUUCCCCUCAAACCUGGCAAUACCACUGCAAGGGCAGGAGGAAGACAAUCAUGAACGGCCUCCAAAAUCUCUGCUGCUGCUGCCGUUCUCCCACAAGAACCCUGCUCCAAGGAAAGAAGCUGGAUCCUGGAGUCCUUCCCAGGAUCAGGCCACCAUUUGCCUUAUCAACCGGAAGUCAGACACCCCACCAAGUUCCACACUGUGUGAGAAUGAUGGCUAUUGUGACCAGGGUGAAUCUAGAGACCCUUCUGAUGAGCAGCAACCUGCUGUGCAGCUGGAGUCCAGUCUCAUCUCAGCUGCAAGUCUCUACCUGGAGCCUGCACUCAGCUGGACACAUCUGAAGAUUGCUUCCAUUCCUUUGAGUGUGUGCACAUUUCUUGUUCUUGCCCAGGUAAGCAGGUGUGUUCUGACUAGCAGCUGUGGAGCUAACCUCAUGUAACUUCUCUAUGCUUCAUGAUGGACAGAAGAGAAGGCACAAGUGACUACAAGCCUGAGCCCAAACAUGCAGCAGAGGGAAGUGGCAAGAUGGGGCUUCAUUCUGCUGUUUCAACAUUUAGUGCCCUCUCUCCUUGGGCAAUCUCACCUGACU